GGAAAGUGGGACUGCUGCUGCUUUGAUCAUGCAGCCUGGUCAUCUGACAGAAGGCUGGAGACGUAUCCGGAGGUGGAGCGGAGCUCCAGAGGAAGAUCCCUGCUAGCCAAUCACCUUUAGAUCCUCGUUCCUUUGCGUGCUUUUGCUCCGUAUGUCGAGCGUAAAAGGCAGCACGUAAAUCCCCGCGAUCCGUAUGUUCUUGGCCAAUAGGGCGCACCCCUGUCACAUUUCCAAUGCGAGUGCCCCAAUCUACAUUGGCACUCAUGAAUACCAGAUUUACCACCAGCGGGAUCCUCCCGAAACCAUGUAUCGUGUCGCCAACGUUUAUGCCAUUUCGCAUGAAUGGGUACUUGUUCAGAGCUGGAAGAACGAUCAGGACUCAUUUCAGCCGUUCACACACACCCUGGCAACUGGGUUCGAAGUCAUCGAAGGAAAGACGACUGCCGAUUCGAUCCCCAACAACUCAUGACAUUCCAGUUCAAGUCAAUGCGAAUCCAUCCGUUUAUCUCUAUCGCAAGUGCACCAGAUACCGUAUCAGAGUUCAUUUCAAGCUCGAUGCCAAUGAUUGGAAUCAGUCACGAACUGUUGGGGCUUGGCGCCAGGGCUCUGCUCCCUUGGUGGGUGAGUAUGAAAUCUACGUCAAUACUCGGGACGUCCUUGUCGUCACCGACUCACUAUCGGGGACAUCUGUCUUGGAAGGACCCGGUCUCAAUGGUCCACCGUCCAGCCCUACCAUUCAGCCAUGGGAUCGGGGUACACGCAAAUGUACGAGUUGGCUGCACUGGAGUGGUUUUUAAUUGGUUCAGUGUGUUUCAAAUAUUGUCUUCCGAAUGUUAGCUCGGUGUCAUUUUGUAUUCUUGAAUCCAUGGGCUUUUCAUGAUAUCGAGCAUUCAAAACUGGC